CUAACACACUUCCAGGCCCCGAUCCAAUUGGAUUAUUGGGCCAACUUAUUAUUAUUAUUAACAUACAAUCGCGUUUUUAUAAUAGCUAACAGAGAUGUGAAAUGGUGACCUUGUCUGACAAGAACAAAGUGUUUUAGAUAGUACAACUUAGUGAAUAGGUAUGCCCAAAAAAGUAAUCUGCAAAAACUGAAAGAUAAGGUAUUUUAAUGGACCAGUGAUGUGAUUUUAAUAAUAUCAGAUCAACCAUCAAUCAAAGUAAAUCAGUGGAUAACUAAUCUAAAGUGACGAUAUCUAUUUAAUUGUUUGGGGAGAAUAUGUGGGAAUCCUUUUACGUGCAGUCCACAUCCCAAUCUCCACAAUGAUUAUCCAAAAGAACAACUACGACGUUCCCGACUUCCUCAACGAACAGUUCUUCAAGAAGGUUGUAGAGAAUAAAGUGGGAUCUAAGGACUUCGAACUAACCGGCCUGAAUUUCUCAAUGGGAUGUGACCCCGGAGAAAAUCAUCUCAGCAAUGUGUACCGUGUACAAGCUACUUAUAAUGAAAAGGGAUCGGGAAGCAAAGUAGGAAAUUUCUUUGUCAAAUGUGUUCCCUUGGAAGGUGACAGGAAGGAAUUUGCCGAGAUGGACAUUUUCGAAAAGGAGAAGCUUAUGUAUUGCGACAUCAUACCGCAGAUUGAAAGUUGCCUAGUUAAUAUACAAACUGCACCUAAGUGCUACUACGUCACCAGCGAGCCCAUGGCGACCAUGGUCUUUGAAGACAUGAAAGCAACGGGAUACGAUAUCGCAGACCGUGUGAACGGAGUGGACAUAAACCAUUGUAAAGUUUUUUUGACGAAACUAGGCCAGUAUCACGCUGGUUCCAUGAUACUUCUGGAAAAAGAACCUUCGUUAAAAGAAACAGAUAAUUUAAAGAAUGGUAUAUUUUCGUCGCUGAGCUUCAGCAAAUCAAGUCUGGCAGUUCCAACAUAUAGGAAUCUUUCAAAAUUUAUCGAGCAUGCAUCAAAGUGGAGUGGCUAUGAAAAAAUAGUCAACAAACUGCAAGACUAUCUUACAAAUAAAACUUUCCUCGACAAAGUUUUAGAGGGAAUUCGAAUUUCACCAGGUGAUAUAGUAGCAAUUGUCCAUGAAGAUUGCUGGGUAAACAACAUCCUUUUCCAAUACAAAGGCAACUCGGUAACUGAUGCACUUCUCAUUGAUUUUCAAGGAUGCACUCGAGGGAGUAUCGGACUUGACAUUAUCUAUUUUUUUGCUGCCGACGUAGAACUAAAUGUCUUACGUAAAGAUAGAGAUCAACUGAUUGAAGACUAUUACUACCCUGCCCUCCGAGCUUCACUCGAACAAGGCUCUUAUAAGAACAUUCCGACACUUGAGGAUGUCAAAAAUGAAGUCAAAAAGAAAGUUAUGUUUGGACUAUUUGGUGCUGUCCUGGUUUUGCCUCUAAUCUCAUUGAAUAAGAAAGACAAAGUUGAAAAUACUGUUGAAGCAAUGAAGGAUAAAAAUAAAGCAGAAAGGAUCGCCGAAAUCGCUUGCUCAUCAAAACGUGCCCAAGAAACUCUAAAAAUUUUCCUGGAGGAGUGCGAUAGUUAUGGGCUAUUAAAUUGAUGACAUUGUUUGACCCGCGAAUUGCGUCACUAGCUACUUCAUAACGACCAAUUUGAUUCAGUAUUUUUAUUAACGUACUUGAGAUUCUAUUAAAUUGAUAAUAAACGUGUGAAAGCCGAAG